UUUCCUCUCUCCUCCCACCCAGGCGCGACCUCCCGACCGCAGCGCGGACGGACCACCGGCGCCCAGCGAGUCUGCGCGGCCGCUCCGAGCAUGCUCAGUAGCGCGCGCGGCGCCCCGGAGCUGCUCCGCCGAGCUGCGGCCGACGCCGAGCUCUUCGCGGCUGCUGCGGGAGCGACAGGAAGUGAAGCGGCCCCGCCGGGCGACCGCGGCGGCAGAACCCGAGGCGGAAGGGGCGCUGCGGCGACGACGUCGUUGUCGACGGGGGUGGCCCAGGGAGCUGAGUGCCGAGGGGACUCGCUCGCUCGGAAGCCGGACCUCCAGCCGGGCAGGAUGGAUCAUCACCAGCCCGGGACUGGCCGCUACCAGGUGCUUCACAAUGAAGAGGACAAUUCAGAAUCACCUUCUGUAGAGCAGCCGUCUACUUCACACCCGUCACCACAGACCAUGCAGACUGCUCCCUCAGCACCAGCACUUGCAACUGACUCUUCUCCUCCACCAUACAGUAGUAUUACUGUGGAAGUACCGACAACUUCAGAUACAGAAGUGUAUGGGGAAUUUUUUCCUGUGCCACCUCCCUACAGUGUUGCUACCUCCCUCCCGACGUACGAUGAAGCUGAGAAGGCCAAAGCUGCUGCCAUGGCAGCUGCAGCAGCAGAAACAUCUCAGAGAAUUCAGGAGGAAGAAUGUCCACCAAGAGAUGACUUCAGUGAUGCAGACCAGCUCAGAGUGGGUAACGAUGGCAUUUUCAUGCUGGCGUUUUUCAUGGCCUUUAUUUUCAACUGGCUUGGGUUUUGUUUAUCCUUCUGUAUCACCAAUACCAUAGCUGGAAGGUAUGGUGCUAUCUGUGGAUUUGGCCUUUCGUUGAUCAAAUGGAUUCUAAUUGUCAGGUUUUCUGAUUAUUUUACUGGAUAUUUCAAUGGACAGUAUUGGCUUUGGUGGAUAUUUCUUGUACUUGGCCUGCUCCUUUUCUUUAGAGGAUUUGUUAAUUACCUAAAAGUCAGAAACAUGUCUGAAAGUAUGGCAGCGGCUCAUAGAACAAGAUAUUUCUUCUUAUUAUAGAGACUGCAUCAACCCGACAUUCCUUUCUUAUGCCAAUGUGAAAUUUUCAAAUCAUCUGUAAACCUACAACUUUAAUAGGAUAGAAGACUACUAAUAAUAGAAGACAAAUUAGUGAAGAAAAGAUAAGCUUCAAAAUUGAAUAGCAGGGUGGUUUAUACUUAAGCCAUUUCUGUUCAUUCUUUAAGUACCUGUGUUUCAUUUGUUUUGCACAUCUGCACAUUUCUGCUUUUGAAAGAUUUACAUACACUUGAAAGAAACCAUAAAGUUGUAGCGGUAAAGUCCAGUCACAUUUGGUUAAUCAGUGUUUGAUAUAAUUGAAAGAGUUGAGUGGUAAAGAGUCUUCCAGCAUGUAAAUGCCAUUGACUUCUGACUUGACAUUUAGUGUAAUAAAAAUGAAAUUAUUGACCAUGUCAAAUGCUUUAGUUUCUGGGUCUUCAAUUCAUCUGGUCAUUCUACACAUGCAACAUCCUUUGUUCUAUCUAAAGUUUAUUAAAACCUGCAGUGCUGAUUAUUGGAAAGGAUUUGUCAGAUUUUUGAACAUGAUACAACAUUGUUAUUUAGGAAAACUCUUCCUGUAAAUAACCAUGGAUAAAGUACUUUUUGCAUUGUUUUCUUAUAAAUUGUGUCUAGAUAUCUUAUCAUUAAUUUUAAAUUAAGUGAACUAAAUAUAUAUAUAUAUAUAGAAAAUUUGAGUGUUAAACAUAGAAUUUGUUUUUAAGGCAAGUAUUAAGAAAAUGUGGGUGUACCAAAGUCCUUUAUGAGAAAAAAAAAAUCUUUUAAGGGACAUACUAAUUUUAGGGAUUUUUCCAAUAAGAAGCUUGGUUUUUAGAAUUGACUGUCUUAGAGAUUCUUGCAGGAAGAGGUUGUAUUAGACAUUGUAUUUACUUCAUUUAAGAUAAUUUUGAAAAUUAAUUUUCCAAAUAUUCUCAUUUACAUGUGUCUUUUAAAAAUUCAAUAAAAAUAUCUAUCAGUAUCAUUGUAAUAAUUUUUUGUUUAGAUGGUUAAUUUGUUAAGCUUAGCAAAUAAAAUUUUGUGCUGUUAAUAGCUUCCUGUUGUAUGAUUAUAGAUUAAUUUGUCAAAAACGUAUUCUAUGUUCAGAUACCCAAAAUAUCCAUUUUCAAGUUAUGGAAAUGGGCCUGUGGGAUUUAGGGGAGAGUGUGUGUGUGUGUGUGUGUGUAGUGUGUAUCAGCAGUAUUACAACUGGAAUCUAAUCAACAUUCAUAAGCUAUUGUAUUUUGCAUCUUUCAAACCAUUUUGUGUCUUAUCUGUUUUUCUUUUCUGUUAUAUCUUUGCUUUUGAGUGCCAACAUUAAAAGUUACGGUAUAUCAACUUUUAAACCUAAACAUUAUUUAAUAUAGCUAUAUAGAAUAUAUAAAGUUGAUUGCUUAUUUAUUAUUAGACACUACUACUAAAAGGUACAUCUGAUUAUUCAGGGACAUUUUUCCAUU